AUGAAUCCCUCUACCGUCAACGAGUUCGUCCCCAUCACCGAAAUCAACCUCAACCCACAAAAUCUAAGCCCACAGAAAAACCUCAUCCGCCGCUUCUACAAAGACCUAUGGGACAAACAAGACACAUCCCUCAUCCCAGCCUUAAUCCAUUCCAACUUCCAAUUCCGCGGCUCCCUCGGUCCCGCCUUGACGGGCCACGCCGAAUUCGCCGCCUAUGUACACUGGCUCACCGGCAUCCUCGACUUAGUUGAAGAAGGGGACAAAGUAACGGCCAAGCUUCGAUUUCAUGGUAUACAUAGAAAUGGGAGUUUGUUUGGACAGCCAUCGACAGGGAGAUGGGUGUGGUGGGAUGGAGUUGCUAUUUUUACGUUCGAGGAUGAUAAGAUUAACGAUCUAUGGGGGGGAUGUUUACGGGCUGAUGGGGAGGUUGAAGGAGGCUGA